AAAUCUGCUGGAAAUGACCACAAAGGUAUGCUUAGUGAUGAUUAGACGCUAUAAAAAGAAGGCACGCAUUGAAGAUUCCCGUGCAUGUCUUCACAGGUUUACCAAUCUAAUCUUGGAAUGAGAUCUCCUCAGAGCCCAAUCCGUGAUCCUAGAGAUGGAUUUAAACAUGGUGAUGCUCGUUCCUUACCACUUUCCGGUCAUGUUGGCUUUGAUAGUUUACCAGACCAGCUAGUCAAUAAAUCUGUUAAUCAGGGAUUUUGUUUCAACAUCCUUUGCAUUGGUGAAACCGGCAUUGGAAAAUCUACAUUAAUUAACACACUGUUCAACACUAACUUUGAAGAAUUUGAAUCCACACAUUUUGAGCCUUCUGUCAAGCUGAACGCACAGACAUAUGACCUCCAAGAAAGCAAUGUGUCUUUGAAAUUAACAAUUGUAAACACAGUAGGAUUUGGAGACCAGAUAAACAAAGAAGACAGCUACAUGCCCAUUGUGGACUACAUUGACACACAGUUUGAGGCCUACCUACAAGAAGAGUUGAAAAUCAAACGUUUGUUAUACAGAUACCACGAUACCCGCAUACACGCUUGUCUCUACUUUGUCGCUCCAACCGGCCAUUCAUUAAAGUCCCUUGAUUUGAUAACCAUGAAAAAGCUUGACAGCAAGGUCAACAUCAUUCCUGUCAUUGCUAAAGCGGAUGUGAUAUCCAAGUCAGAGUUACACAAGUUUAAGACUAAACUUAUGAGUGAAUUAGUCAGUAACGGAGUGCAGAUCUACCAGUUCCCUACUGAUGAUGAGAGCAUUAGCAAACUCAACUCUUCAAUGAAUGGACAACUCCCAUUUGCAGUGGUUGGGAGCAUGGAGGAAGUCAAAAUUGGAAACAAGAUGGUGAAAGCUCGGCAAUACCCCUGGGGUAUAGUACAAGUGGAAAAUGAGAACCACUGUGAUUUUGUGAAGCUGCGCGAAAUGCUUAUUUGCACUAAUAUGGAGGACCUGCGGGAGCAGACACACUCGCGGCACUAUGAACUCUAUCGACGCUGCAAGUUAGAAGAAAUGGGAUUUCAAGAUAUGGGUCCUGGUGAUAAACCAGUAAGUCUGCAGGAGACCUAUGAAGCAAAGAGACAAGAAUUUUUUGAAGAACUGCAAAGAAAAGAGGAGGAGAUGAGACAGACAUUUGUCCAACGAGUGAGAGAAAAGGAAACUGUGCUGAAGGAAGCAGAGCGAGAGCUUCAAAAUCGAUUUGAGCAACUGAAGAAGCUUCAUCAGGAUGAAAGACAAAGCUUGGAAGAGAAGAGGAAGGACCUGCAAGAGGAAGUCAAUGCAUUCAGUAAGAGGAAAGCUGCUGCAGAGCUGCUACAAGCACAGGCUUUUGGAAAUGCGGCCAACACAAGUUUGAAAAAGGAACGCAAGACAUUCAUGUAAUUGAGAAGACAUUAAUGUAUCAAAAGCCACAACAAGGACAUCAAUAUUUUUUUCCAUAUUCUCCUACCUACAUUUUAUUAUAAAAUAUAUUUCCUGUACCUACGAAAGUUAAGGGAGAGGGAAGACAUGGUAAACUGCCAUAGUAGGAUACUUGUGGACAGCUUCAAUGCUUGCUAUUAAUUGUGUCAAACUUAAUAGCCACAGACCUUCCCAUCUACUACUGCGUGGAACCAAAGACAGGUGCAUGACUAGUACAGCAUCCCACGAGCAUGGCCAUGUCUGGAGCAGAGUUACAGUGGUGUUCACAGGUCAACUGCCAUUUCACAAUACCGAGCCUUGAAAUAAUGGACACAUUAUGCUCACUUCAUACCUUCAUUGUAGAACUUAGGUCAUUAACGUUUAUUGUCAUAAAACAGGAUGUGUUAAACUUCACAUUAGGAUUUAUGGGUGCACACUUACUACAGGAGUUUACUGCCAUUCAAGCAAUAUUUUCAUUAUUACUAAACCGCAACCACCUGUAGAGUCCAGACUAUUCAAUAAAUGUGAAUAGGCUCCUCUUUUCUGUCACAAGUGCCAGCACUUUAGUAAUAAAGUAGCUGAUAUUUUUUCUGUAAUUUUUUAUUUUAUUGGUUUUUUUUUCUCUCCAAUUUCUGUAUUGAUACAUGUUACUUUAUAAAAUCCUUGUUUUGCAUUGUUUAACAUAUCUGUAAGAUUGUGUUUGUUUGUUUUGUUUUUUCUACAGGCAUGUAUAAACAAGUUUAUAUGUAUAUUUUUUAACAUUAACCCAUACUAAAAUUACAGUGUAUUUUGAGAAAAAAAUGUACCAUCUAAAAUGAAUAUUGCAAGGAAUUUAAACAGUCAAUAUGCCAUUUUCUGGGACAUUAAAGACAAAUACUAGUAUUGUA